AGCUCGUGGACGCGGCGACGGCGUGCAGCAGCGCACCAGAAGCUUCCAACUUCACAGUAAGCUGCCACUACUACUACUACACGACUACACAGUCAUGUCGGAGCGAAGGAGGAUCUCUGGAUUUGACAGCGCUCAGUCUUACUACUACUGAGCCUGUAUGCGCGAGGGAGAGGGCUGCUUUUUCUGGUUGUGUGGAUAUCGCUUCCAUGGACGGGCAACGGGGCUUUUACGAGAUGGAGAAACCGACAGAGAACCCCAGCAAGGCGGCGGAGUAUCUGAAGGAGUUGAAUAAAAUCAUCGAGACCCAGCAGGGACUACUGGAGAAGCAGAGAGUCCGGAUUGAAGAGCUGGAGCUUCAGGUGACCGAUCUUUGCAAGGAAAACGUCUGUCUUAAAGAUCAGCACCAGCGGCACCUGGACACCUGCAGACUCCAGCAGGGGAACCAUUGCACCCUGGUAGCCAUCAAGGAGAAUGUCAUGCAAGAAAAGCGACAUGCCGCAUUUCCUGUAGAUGUCUCAGAGAUCCCUCGAAGCCUUAUUGCCCCUCCAUGUAGGAGAAGUUACCCCUGUCGCAAAUGGAAAUCUGCAUCUUUUGGUGUGGAAGGUGAUGCUCCAGGUAGCCAGGUGGGUGCCUCUGUGGACUCCAGCAGCAGCUACGGUUGCAUCCCACUGACCCACAGCAGGAGGCUUGGCCCCGAUCACCUGGACAGCCAGCUCUGCGGACAAAUCUUGCUGCCCAGUCAUCUGCGGCCCCGCCGACCCAAGCUUCAGCAUUCCCAGUCCAUCCUGCGCAAGCAGGCAGAGGAGGAGGCCAUCAAGCGCUCCCGCUCAUUGUCAGAGAGCUAUGAGCUCUCGUCAGACCUUCAGGACAAGCAGGUGGAGAUGCUAGAGCGUAAAUAUGGUGGGCGUUUCAUAACUCGGCAUGCAGCCCGCACCAUCCAAACAGCCUUCCGCCAGUACCAGAUGAACAAAAACUUUGAGCGUCUUAGAAGUUCUAUGUCUGAGAACCGUAUGUCCAGACGGAUUGUCCUAUCCAAUAUGAGAAUGCAGUUUUCCUUCGAAGGACCUGAAAAAGUCCACAGCUCCUACUUCGAAGGAAAGCAGGUCUCCCUAACAGAUGAUGGCACUAAAAUUGGUGCACUGGUAAAGUCAGAGCAUGGUGGGGAGAUGGGGGUACAGGCCAAGACCCCCACGACACAGAGCGACUUCACAGAUGCUAUCACAGAACUAGAAGAUGCGUUCUCCAGGCAGGUCAAAUCUCUAGCUGAGUCCAUAGAUGAUGCUCUAAACUGUCGUAGUCUACAUGGUGAUGACAACCAGUUGGAGCCGGGUAGAGGCCACCAGGAUAUGGACAGAGAGGUCGGCUGUCAGGUGAAACCCUCCCACAGCACUUCAGAACACCGCAAACUGGAUGAGAUGACGGCAUCUUACAGCGAUGUUACCCUGUACAUUGAUGAAGAGGAACUGUCACCGCCGCUGCCCCUGUCUCAAUCUGUGGACCGGCCCUCCAGCACAGAAUCGGACUUCCGUCAGCAUUCCCUCAAUUCCUCCCAGGACUACUGGUCAUUGGCUCAUAAGGAUGAGAAAGGGGACACAGACACCAGCUGCCGCAGUACACCAUCUCUGGAGUGCCAAGAGCAGCGCUUGCGGGUAGAUCACCUACCCUUACUGACCAUUGAGCCUCCAAGCGACAGCUCGGUGGAGUUGAGUGAUCGUUCUGACCGCAGCUCUUUGAAGAGACAGAACGCCUAUGAGCGGAGCCUCAGCAACCAGCAGAGUAGCCCCAAACACAUGAGCCACAGCCUGCCACCUCGAGGGCCUUCCGGAGAGGAUGCCACUCGCCAUCGGCCACGACAAUUGGAGGCCCACCUGGCCAUCAAUGGCACCGCAAACCGGCAGAGCAAGUCAGAGUCAGAUUUUUCUGAUGGUGACAACGACAGCAUCAACAGCACAUCCAACUCCAACGACACCAUCAACUGCAGCUCUGAGUCCUCAUCCAGGGACAGCCUGAGGGAGCAGACACUUAGCAAGCAGACGUACCACAAAGAGACUCGCAACAGCUGGGACUCACCUGCCUUCAGUAAUGACAUCAUCCGCAAGAGGCACUACCGCAUUGGCCUAAACCUCUUCAACAAGAAACCAGAAAAAGGCAUCCAGUAUCUGAUAGAGCGAAACUUUGUUCCAGACACUCCAGUGGGUGUGGCUCACUUCCUGCUCCAGAGGAAAGGUUUGAGUAGGCAGAUGAUUGGCGAGUUCCUGGGUAACAGACAGAAACAAUUCAACCGAGAUGUCCUCGACUGCGUGGUGGAUGAAAUGGACUUCUCAGGUAUGGAGCUGGACGAAGCGCUCAGGAAAUUCCAGGCACAUAUCAGAGUGCAGGGAGAAGCACAGAAGGUGGAGCGGCUAAUAGAGGCCUACAGCCAACGUUAUUGCAUCUGUAACCCUGGUGUGGUGCGACAGUUCAGGAACCCUGACACCAUCUUCAUCCUGGCCUUUGCCAUCAUCCUCCUCAACACAGACAUGUACAGCCCAAACGUCAAGCCUGAAAGGAAGAUGAAGCUGGAGGACUUUGUUAAGAACCUUCGAGGAGUGGAUGAUGGGGAAGACAUCCCCCGAGAGAUGCUGGUAGGGAUAUAUGAGCGGAUUCGCAAGCGAGAGCUCAAGACUAAUGAAGACCAUGUGUCCCAGGUUCAGAAAGUGGAAAAACUCAUUGUUGGAAAAAAGCCGAUUGGCUCGUUACAUCAUGGUCUGGGCUGUGUAUUAUCCUUACCCCACCGGAGAUUGGUCUGUUACUGCAGACUUUUUGAAGUGCCCGACCCCAACAAACCACAAAAGUUGGGCCUGCACCAGAGGGAGAUCUUCCUUUUUAAUGACCUGCUAGUGGUUACUAAAAUUUUCCAAAAGAAGAAGAACUCUGUGACGUACAGCUUUCGGCAGUCCUUCUCACUUUAUGGCAUGCAAGUGCUGCUUUUUGAGAAUCAGUAUUACCCCAAUGGAGUUCGUCUAACAUCAGCCAUUCCCGGAGCUGACGUCAAAAUCCUCAUCAACUUCAAUGCACCCAAUCCUCAGGACCGCAAAAAGUUUACUGACGAUUUGCGAGAAUCUAUUGCUGAAGUCCAAGAGAUGGAGAAGUACCGGAUAGAAUCUGAACUAGAAAAACAAAAGGGGGUGGUGAGGCCCAGCAUGUCCCAGAGUUCAGGGUUAAAGAAGGAAACAGGCAACGGCAACCUCAGCCGAGCGAGCCUCGAUGACAGCUAUGCCAUUGGUGAAGGCUUGAAGAGAAGCGCCCUCAGCAGCUCCCUACGUGACCUCUCAGAUGCAGGCAAGCGUGGAAGACGCAGCAGUGCAGGAUCACUAGACAGCAAUAUGGAAGGGUCAAUCAUUAGCAGUCCUCACAUGCGGCGAAGACCCCCCUCCAGCCGAGACUGCCCGUCCCGCCACAGUGGCCAGUCCCUGCCCAACUCCUCUUCACUGCUAGGAUCUUUGUUUGGUACCAGGCGGGUGAAGUCCCCAAGCCCCACCCCGCAGCCCCUGCACCCCACCCUCAUCGCCCACACCCCCCACCCUGCCAACCUGCAGCACACAGCCCGGGCGGAGACUGACGCCUCAGCCUCCAUGUACCCUCAUCAUGCUCAGUUCUGCCACAUGACCCAGAACCCCCCGCCUUACCAUCACCACCACCACUACCACCCUCCGACCAACUUGCAGCACCCUCCACACCAGUACCACCCGCCCCCUUCUCACGGCCAGCAGCCAGCCUACCCACCUCACCCUCACACACAGCACAGCCACGGAAGCCACUUGGCACACUCCUCCCACCCUGCUCUCGGCCCCCACCACCAUGGCCCGCCGCCAGCACCCUCCCAGGCACCUAGCAGCACCAAGCCCAAGCACAGCGGCAUUAGUACGGUGGUCUGAGGUGCACGGAAGCUUUCUGGGCUCUCUGACUGAACUUUGAUUUUGCUCCAAGGCUCUCAGCUGAAGAGACGGUUGCACUGUGCAUCAUAGGCCUGGGCAUGUAAAGCUAGACAAGAUCCUGUGCCUCCGUCAGCAUUUUUUGUUACACACAUCACAGGGGCAGUAUAUUUAAUAUAAACACAUUUCCUUUCUAGUUACUCCUUUCAUUUCAUUUCAGGUCAUAGGUCAUGUCUGCCUGCUUCAGGAGCAACAGACAGCAACACACGAGAGCAUGCACAAAGACCACAACUACUGUUUCUCCUCAGUAAAUUAAAGGUUCUGUAUGUAACUUUCAGAAAAUCCUCCUUUAAUCCUCAAUAAUGACAUGAGUGGCUGUUGAGUGAACUGCAGUCAGCAAUCUCUUGAUCAAACUCGCACUCCCUAGGCACAAGCGAGCGCCUGUGCAUCAGCCAAAACAACGACAUCACAUACGCAAUACUGGGAAUGAUUGACUGCCAUCAUGUUGAUAGACUGCUGGAAAACAAAUUACAAUCAUUAUAUUUUAAUAACAUUAUGAUUUGUAUUGUUCCUAUAUAUUUUUUUAUUGGCACCAUAAUACCUGCUAGCUUGCUGUCUGCAAAUAACUUUAUCAGCUGAUGAUACAGAGCAACAAUCAAGAGAUCCAUGCCCCAUAGCUAAGUUCAAGCUCUCUGGCUAACCCUAGCUUACGUUGUAGUUAGCUCGUUGUCUGCCCCUGCCUUGCAUUGCUCUCUUGGCUAAUAAGCAAUGCUCAGUUAUACACCUUUGCUUUAUACCAUCGCACCAUUUAUUGUUUGUGAAAUUAACACUGUCAUAAUAUUUAAGUUAGUAUCAUGGCUCAUGUUAGCUGGUGAAUUAAUUUGGCAAGCUAGGGAACUAACAUAUCCACUCAGAUAGUAUUUUGCUAGCAAAAACGUAAGCAUUACCUAGCUAGUUGUAACUAAGCUAUACUGCAUGGAUCUGUCAUUGGUUGCUUCAUAAUGUUGCUGAUAAAAGCAAUUUACAAACAGCAAGCUAGCCAGUUUGGCAUCCACAUCUGAUCAGAUAUUAUCCACUCAAGACAGCAUUUUGUUACUUUAGCUAACUGGCAAUUUGUCCACAUUAACAAGCAAGCUAAAGUUAGCUAACAUUAGCCAGCACAAGCCAAAACAUCACAAUAUAUUUUACAUGUCAGUGUUCCAUCUAGGAUUUUUACAGCUUCGGGAAUCAGGGGGCACUGAAUUUAAUCAAUUUACCAUUUAUAAGACCACAAAUGAAAAUCAGCCAGCUAGCACAUCCUGGUGUCCCUUCGACCCUUGUCACAAGGACACUACUUUACUGGGAAGAGAGCAACAGUUCCACAGAUGGAUCACUGAAUCAACUCUAAUUCAGCCAAUGUACUCCAGCGCCAGGGGUAAUGGUGAGCUGGUGGCUGGGUCUAAUGUGUAACAGCAGCAACAGAAAGUAGAGGAAAGUUGGAGCUGUCUGGAAUCAGACCCUGUCACUCAGUUUAGGUCUGGCCGGAUUUAAGUAGCUAGUUAAAGUCUGUCUCCAGCCCGCCGUUGCCAAAGUUACACAAUGGAAACACAGUAUGUGUGGAUUUUUUGUUGUGGUGUGUGCCAGUUGUAUUUUAGCAGAUACUUCUUAGCUAACGUAUGCUAACAUUAGUUUUACUGUUAGCGCUGUGAAGGAGCUGAAGACAGGCAAGGCACUUGGUAACAUGCAUUAACAUCAUAUCCUUUGGAUUUUUAUUGCCCUGAGUCCUUUACAUAGACAUUAGUCCACAGACUCACAUCAGCAAACAAAGCAGUUGGGGAAUGUCUUUAUGUUUUUAUGUAACGAUCCGUUCACCCAUUGGCAAUAAAAUGAUAAAUACCUGUAAAAAGUAACAUACAAUACCUUUAACGGAAAAUGAUUAAAUAUUUUGCUUAUUAGUAUUUUACAGAAGAAGUAAAUAGUAGUGAGGGGGGUUUGGCUGAACAAGACAGACAGACAGACAUAAAUGAUCAUCCUCAGCAGUACAGUAGCUGUACAGGUAUGUAGCAAUAGCUCAGUGCACUGUGAUAUCUCUGUUAGCAGCGAUAAAUGUGCCAAUUAUGAAGCAUUUGCUAAUUUAGUCUCAGAAAUUGCUUUAUGUAGCCUAUAUUGUGCAUAGUAUUUUGUAAAAUAACAAUUUCAACUGUUAUUAUUAUAAUUAUUAUUAUUACAGAACAAAUGGCAUCAAUUAAAACUCUCAGUAUUAUACGUGCACAUAAGUGGCAUAGUUUUACUGUUAAGAAACCAAUCAAAGUUUUUAAUAGUAGCCUAAGGCAAUUCAGUAAGCUGGAAUACUACAGCAUAUGGUUGCCUUUGAGUUAGAACUCUGUUCAGAGUGUUGAAUGCCAGUACAGACGUGCACACCGGCCUGCCAAGUCUCAUCCACUGCAGUCAUCUUCGGUUCGAAGUCAUCUCUCCCGCUCUGGAAAAAAGGCAGCCAAAGUGAGCUGCUGAGCAAGCAGAUUCAUGAGUGUCUGCCCUUCAGUACUAGCUGCUUGUCUGCCAUCAUCUUAUUUUUUUAACUAUUUUUUUGAAAGUCCAAUAAACAAAAUGAAAUGUGAUAUGCUGCACUGCAACCUGGUGGGAUUCUUCAAGUCCGUUCUGCAGGAGAAGGUUUUCCAAGUUUUUAAUGGAAACUGAGAGAGUCUGUGCAAACUGUGUAGCAGGGAAAACAGCACCAUGACAUUUAAGUGUCUCCCCUGAUGUGGAAGCUCUCAGCUGGCUGAGUGUGCCCUGUCCCCCUUUGUUUUUGUAUUUUUUGUGCGUCUCAUGAGCAGCGAGCAUGUGGUGCAAUGCUGUUUACUCGCUUGAUCUGACUUUUCAGAGCCACACAGACACCACAGUACAGAAAUCAGUAAUUAUCAUUCUGUGAUGGUGAUAGCACUCAUGUACGUCAUUCACCACAAAUGGCAGUUUUAUAUCAAUCAUCUGUCUGACAUAUUAUGGGAAAGCUGGUUGAACCUCCCAGCCAUUCUGUGCACAGUAUCUGUGGUAUGUGCAAAGCAGAGGCAGGGGGCUUGUGUGAUGGUGCAUAGUUUCUGUUGAAAGUGAUCGACACAGCACUUGUUCUUCUACUUAGUUGAUAUCAAUGGCAGAAGUUAGUCUGUAUCUCCUUAAAGACUUUGAGAUGGAUUGUUUUUUAACUUGUAUGUGCAAUUUGUAUUAACUUUUUUGUCUAAGACUAACUUCAGUGUGGUGGUUGUUCCAUUUUCUUUAGUUCUGUUAGUGUUGUCUUUUUUUCCCCAGCGUCCUUUGUCAUUCCUUCCUCAAUGUUUCUGUGAAGUGCAACUAUCCACAUGGAUUUGAAGGGACUGGACCUUCCACACUGAUAAAGAGUGUCAACCAAAAUAAUUGCAUGUAACAAUGUGUUUCACGGCUAUUUUCUAACUAUUAUGUAUUCCUAAACUAUAUCAGUGUUACAGUUGACAGUUGUUAAAAAUGAAUGGUAGAAUAGUUUUGAAUUCUUCAAUUACAGCUAACUUAAGUCAGCUAUGUAUUUGUGUCACUCCAGAGGAUAACCAAAUCUGUAUCUUUUCCUGAUCCACAUAGAGUAGUUUACUGGAUCUUUAGUGUACAACAGUGGCUAAAGCAGUGAGAGGAAAGGUAGAGGCAGCGUGACAAAAUAUGUACUCUGUCAUCUGGAAAUCAGAGUGAUAACAGUGAUAUCAUCUGUCUCUGUCAGUGACUCACACUGUUGUCAAGUGAUAGUCAGUAUAUUAUUAUUCUUAAAUACUUGUUUCCUCGAGGUUUAAGUUGUCAAGGCACCACUUAAUAUAAAGUAACCUUUACAGAGGUUUUAUACAUUGUAACUAAUUGAUUAUUUAAUAAAGCCAAUUCAUUGUUAUAUGCAUUAAUGGUUAAUAAGUAAUUUGCUGAUGCUUUAUACAUCAGCAAUAAGUUUUUCAUAAGAACAACUUUUGAGUUGCCAUGUUCUAGAAAAAUCUCCUAGGCUGGUGUUUAUCCUCCAGCAAAUGUUAGUAAGUCACAUUUGUUAGUCCACUAAUCGACAGUAGGAGGCAGUAACACCCAGAGUAGCAUAGCAGUGUGCUGGCAAAAGUAAUGAAGGAGAAGACGGCAAACCAAGCUUCUAGGAAGUGCACUGGACUUUGACAUGUAUAUCUGCAGACACAUUCUGUUUGUAGCAUACACAAUACACCCCUACAAAACCGCGCCCACCGCUAGUACAAAACAAAACCACCAACACAACAGCUAUCUGAACCCUGCUACAGUGCUACACCAUAGUGAAUAAGACGAAAUGUCGUAAUAAUUCACUUUAUAAUUCGCAAUACAUUAAUAUAUGAUUCACUUUGUAAGUACUGAGAUGUAACCCUUCCCAUUACCCUUAUCCUAACCUUAACUGCCUCACUUUUAACAUAUUACUUCAUAGCUAAUGCCAGCUAAUUGCUAACUAAGCAUUUAGCAUAUAUAACAAGAUGUAGCCUUCCCAUUACCCUGACCUUAACCUUAAGCAUCUCUCUUUUAACGUAAUACUUCACAGCUAACUAAUCACUAACUUAGCAUUAGCAUAAGUAACAAGAUGUAGCCUACCCAUUAUCCUUACCCUAACCUCAACCACCUCUCUUUUAACAUAAUACUUUAUAGCUAACUAUUGCUACCUUAGCAGUUUCACUGGGACUUCUGCUUUCAGGUCAAGGAGCGAAGGGUGCUGAUUGUGGACUGACAUAAAGGUAUAAUGGUUAUGUCACUAGAAGGCUGGUCAUGUAGCUGCUCCAGCUGCACUUGUACCUCUCGGACUUUGAAACCAAUCUGACAGAGUGGACAAACCCUGUAAUUCCAGGGUCCAUCACGUGAUGCCAUUGCACCCAAAAAAACUUUUCUGCGUAGACUUACAUUGGGAAAGAGAUGUCGGUAAACCAGUGGAUACAUUUUUUUGAGUGUCUCGGUAUCAUAACAUUUUAAAAGUCUGGAAGAGCUGCAAGAUGAAAUCAUUUUAUCCCCAUUUAAGUUAGCAGAGGGCUAAACUAGAGGCUAGCUGUUUGGCCAGCAGAAGCUAGCUGCUCAGCUGGCAAAGUUGCUAGUGCCGUUGUUCUGUGGGCCCAAUGACACAAAAGACUGGGGUAAUUUUACACCAAGGAGGUCAAAGUUUUUUUAGCCACAGGGGCCACUGAGAAACUUUCAUAAGAGUGAUGGGGACCCCACCUGCAACACUGUACCCAGUACUUUUAAUGCAUGUAUGCUGCACACUAGCAAACAUCAAUGUAAAUAUUGCACGAUUUAACAAAGAAAUCAGCUCUAUGAAUGUUUAUUAAGGAAGAAUGUGCACUCAGUGUGCCUAUUUGACCUUACGGAUGCACAUAAAAAACUUUGGUGAGACACACCCAAAUUUGUUGCAUAUAAUAUUACUUUCAUUCAUUGCCAAGAAAACUCCAGGGCAGCCUUAAUUGAUUAGUCUUCAUAUUUAACCAGACCUAGCUGAAAAAGACAAUGCAGGUGACAUGCCAGGCCGAGUUUCCCAAUGUGUUUUAAAGCAUAUCCACACAACGCAUGCACAUUAAGAAAACACUCCCAAAUUCAGAAAACACAUUCACUGAUUUUGCAACACAUACCCUGCAAAUGCUCACAACACAGGCAAGAAGCUGAACGCUCCGCAAAAACGAAAACACACGCCAAAUUGAAGACGACAACGGAAAUGUUUCCAGGGGGACCGUAAUCAGUGACAUACUUACUGGUUGUUGACAUUUCCAGACUUUCCUCAAGUCCGGUCCAAGCAUCUAAGUUGUUUUUGGGCAUCCACGUUUCCCUCACUUGCGUCUCUUCCUUGUAGGACACGGGGGAGAGAUGCGAGGAUGAGACAUGAGUAGAGAAGAAACGAGGAGAUAUAUCUGUCGAGAAAUGAGUCAUCUUUUCCUCUGAAGCGUCACAUGAAGUGACGUCUGUUUCUAAUGACGGCGGCAGCUGAUCAGUUAUCACAUGAUGUUAUAGAUACAUAUAUAAUGAUAAAGAUACAGAUACAGUUAUCAGUAAAAGAGCAGCAGUGUUUUCUCUCUGUCUAACAAUCACCUGCACAUGAACAACAACCUGCGUUCUGUAUUUAUAAUCUGUCCUGUGUCCUGCUCAGUCACAGAAUGUCUUUAUAUGAUUUAUUCAUUAUUUGCCAUUGUAGUUAUUGAUAUUCUGAUUGUUAGUUCAUUAUUUAAUAACCCAGAAUAUGAACAUGGUGUCUUUAAACACUGGAAAUAAUUUAUUAGGCCAAAUGUUUCAGAGAAAAUUAAAAUUCUGUAACUCAUCAACCUGACGCUCAGGAAUGAUCAGCCUCAGUGUGACUGAAUGGAAAAGGCGAUCACUGAUGUAGAAGUGUUUCUUGUUGACAGACAGACUCUCUGACAGACAGACUCUUUGUUUGUAUCCAUAAUUAAAGUUGAUGAUAGAAAUAACAGAUUGUGA